GGUUUGAGCAGGCAGUGGGUGGAGACCUCUGGUCACGCGAUGGCGCUGACAGUGAACCUGAUUGGUCCGUCUCCAUGGGGCUUUAGAAUUUACGGAGGAAGGGACUUCAAGAAGGCGAUAACAGUUUCCAAGGUAAUCGCUAAUGACCUUAUUGCUCAGUCACACCAUAUCCUCUGUAAAGCAAAACAUGCAAUGCAUACUCAACUUCCUCAGUCUCUGCUGUACUUCUCUGCUCCUCUGAUUGUUUGUCUCCAUUGGCUGCCUUCUACCUGUUUCCUUAACAAAUGUAACCAGUCAGAUUGGAAUAAAAGCUACAUCAGGAGGAAACCAGUUAUUACAGUUAGGGUUGAGGGGUGGAGGGGUGUGCUGUGAGUGUCGAACCAGCGUGUGUGCAUGUGUUUGUGCACAUGUUGUUUUAAUAUUCUUGAUUUUCCAAGCUUGUGAGGAUACAACAGGAAGAUGGAGCUGUAGAAGGGAAGACAUUAGCAGAGAGUUCUCCUACUCCGUAAACAGACUCAGGAUAUCCAGGGCAGACUGCCCCCCGCCACAACCAUUCUGAAACCGAGGACAAAAAUAGCUAUUUUCUUGUGAUGAUGGGCAUUCCUUCUCAUUCACUCCCUCUACCAUGUAGCCAACAACACCAGCAUGCAUGGAACACAGAACUGUGUCUCAAAUAUCAAACAGUCUCUUAGAAGAAACAGGGGUCCAUGCUGAGCGGGAGACCUCAUCAGUGAAAGUGGUUGUAAAACCCACUUGGAGAAGCAGAAUGUUUCCCUCCUCCCUCCCCCUCCUCUCUGGUUAAGCAGCUAUGGCUUUGAACUGUCUGAAAUGGUUGCAUCUUGACACUGAAACAACAUGGAUGCCCCCUCUUUUCCCAUUCUGUUGGCCUGAAAAGAGAGCUUCCCCCUGUUUCUGCAGGGCAUAGCCCCCCUAUAACAAUCUGCACCCUUAGUUUAUGUGAAGUGAGGUGUGCCCUGAUCAGAAAAGGCACGCACCAUUGUGGGUCGCCACAGCAACGCUUAAUUGCCACUUGAGUAGACCCACAGACAUGACACCUCUGCCAUCUUGCUUUGCAAAACGGACAAACACCUUGUUGCCUGGCAUUCUCUCCGCAAUCUGCCAUGUUUUUGUUGGAGAUGUAUGAAGGAGACCUCUUCAUCUUCACUGAUUGUGUCUUUGUGUGUCUUUUUUAUUUUUCCUCUUUCUGUUUUUAAAUUGGGCCAGCCUUGUUGAUGCUGCUCUUAAAGGGUAGUUAUCAUAAACGUAACCUCAUGAAACAAAUGGUUUUGCAUUAGAAUACAUAUCAAAAGUCCCAAUGCAAAGUUAUACCUCACUUUUCUAUUUUCGAGUUGAUCAGAAUUCCGAAGAAUGCUGAAGUCAUGCUGGAAAAUCAUUUGGACACGUUAUUGAGGAACCGGCAAGCCAGCCUAUUCGCUGUAAUGUAAACUCCAACACAAAUAACUUCAAGUGUAUAACUUCAAAUUAAACCAAAUCGAUUGCUGGUUUCAAUUACAUUUCUGCCAACUUUCAAGCACAUACUUUAAGAAUGUGUUGUUACAAAUUAGCUUGCUAAGUUGCUAGCCAACUAGCCUGUUAAUGUUAGCCCUAAUAGCCUGCUAAUGCUACGUUAGCACUGCGUGAGUCAGCCAGUUGCUAUCAACACCUAGUUUACAGCUACAUUAAAGUAAAUCAAAGUUUUGGAAAUACAUAACGCCAUCUAACCAAAUAAUGUUACCGGUAUAUGCAAUUAUCUUAGCCAGCCAGCUAAAGUUAAUUAUGUUAUCCUGCUAGCUAGCCUAGCCAGCUAACUAGCCAACCACCACAGUCUACAUAGCUAAGUAGGAAGCCAGAGAACAACUAGUCUAGCAUAGGCAGGGAGCGACAGAACAAAAAAAUUAAUAAAAAGCCAGUGACAUAAAGUAGAGAGAGCGGAGACUUACCGAUUGACGCGUGAAUUAGCUAACCCUCCUUCAGAGGGAGAAUCAGCUAGCUAAUCCAAUAGCGAUAUAGUGAGGUAAAUCCACAUUGAAUUAACCGGUUUAUCUCCAUCACUGCUGACACUCACGAUCUACCAGUAGGUCGGUUGAAAAUAGAAGUUGCAGGCUCCGCACAGCACCUGGGUUUAAUCAGAGUCUCAUUCUGAAUCCUGCCUUCCACUGGUUAAACUAAGCCAUCGAAGUCCUCCGGGGUGAAAUGAGCACUGCGUACAGUAGACGUGCGCACAGUUCCCAUUCUCCAAUCCGCUUGCUUCAACGGGACAAACCGAACUUCAAAGCUUGCUUCUCAUUUUUGGGCCACAAAGGAUUGGGCCACAAAUUAGUCGUAAACCUGUCCUUGUGGGUAUUAAUGCACUAUCUACAAACGAUGGAAAACGACCACAACACUCACUCGCUCAUUCGACUACCACUACCAAACACACAGGAGAAAAAGAGUUGCAGUUUUUCGCAUGAAUUUACAGUGCCUUCGGAAAGUAUUCAGACCCCUUGACCUUUUCCAUAUUUUGUUAUGUUACAGUCUUAUUCUAAAAUGGAUUAAAUAAAAAUAAAUCCACAGCAAUCUACACACAAUACCGGAUAAUGACAAAGCAAAAACAGGUUUUCAUACACUGCUCAAAAAAAUAAAGGGAACACUUAAACAACACAAUGUAACUCCAAGUCAAUCACACUUCUGUGAAAUCAAACUGUCCACUUAGGAAGCAACACUGAUUGACAAUAAAUGUCACAUGCUGUUGUGCAAAUGGAAUAGACAACAGGUGGAAAUUAUAGCCAAUUAGCAAGACACCCCCAAUAAAGGAGUGGUUCUGCAGGGGGUGACCACAGACCACUUCUCAGUUCCUAUGCUUCCUGGCUGAUGUUUUGGUCACUUUUGAAUGCUGGCGGUGCUUUCACUCUAGUGGUAGCAUGAGACGGAGCCUACAACCCACACAAGUGGCUCAGGUAGUGCAGCUCAUCCAGGAUGGCACAUCAAUGCGAGCUGUGGCAAGAAGGUUUGCUGUGUCUGUCAGAGUAGUGUCCAGAGCAUGGAGACGCUACCAGUAGACAGGCCAGUACAUCAGGAGACGUGGAGGAGGCCGUAGGAGGGCAACAACCCAGCAGCAGGACCGCUACCUCCGCCUUUGUGCAAGGAGGAGCAGGAGGAGCACUGUCGGAGCCCUGCAAAAUGACCUCCAGCAGGCCACAAAUGUGCAUAUGUCUGCUCAAACGGUCAGAAACAGACUCCAUGAGGGUGGUAUGAGGGCCCGACGUCCACAGGUGGGGGUUGUGCUUACAGCCCAACACCGUGCAGGACGUUUGGCAUUUGCCAGAGAACACCAAGAUUGGCAAAUUCGCCACUGGCGCCCUGUGCUCUUCACAGAUGAAAGCAGGUUCACACUGAGCAUGUGACAGACGUGACAAAGUCUGGAGACGCCGUGGAGAACGUUCUGCUGCCUGCAACAUCCUCCAGCAUGACCGGUUUGACGGUGGGUCAGUCAUGGUGUGGGGUGGCAUUUCUUUGGGGGGCCGCACAGCCCUCCAUGUGCUCGCCAGAGGUAGCCUGACUGCCAUUAGGUACCGAGAUGAGAUCCUCAGACCCCUUGUGAGACCAUAUGCUGGUGCGGUUGGCCCUGGGUUCCUCCGAAUGCAAGACAAUGCUAGACCUCAUGUGGCUGGAGUGUGUCAGCAGUUCCUGCAAGAGGAAGGCAUUGAUGCUAUGGACUGGCCCGCCCGUUCCCCAGACCUGAAUCCAUUGAGCACAUCUGGGACAUCAUGUCUCGCUCCAUCCACCAACGCCACGUUGCACCACAGACUGUCCAGGAGUUGGCGGAUGCUUUAGUCCAGGUCUGGGAGGAGAUCCCUCAGGAGACCAUCCGCCACCUCAUCAGGAGCAUGCCCAGGCGUUGUAGGGAGGUCAUACAGGCACGUGGAGGCCACACACACUACUGAGCCUCAUUUUGACUUGUUUUAAGGACAUUACAUCAAAGUUGGAUCAGCCUGUAGUGUGGUUUUCCACUUUAAUUUUGAGUGUGACUCCAAAUCCAGACCUCCAUGGGUUGAUACAUUUGAUUUCCAUUGAUAAUUUUUGUGUGAUUUUGUUGUCAGCACAUUCAACUAUGUAAAGAAAAAAGUAUUUAAUAAGAUUAUUUCAUUCAUUCAGAUCUAGGAUGUGUUAUUUUAGGGUUCCCUUAAUUUUUUUGAGCAGUGUACAUUUUAGCAAAUUUUUGAAAAACCCAGAAAUACCUUAUUUACAUAAGUAUUCAGACCCUUUGCUAUGAGACUCGAAAUUGAGCUCAGGUGCAUACUGUUUCCAUUGAUCAUCCUUGAGAUGUUUCUACAACUUGAUUGGAGUCCACCUGUGGUAAAUUCAAUUGAUUGGACAUGAUUUGGAAAGGCACACACCUGUCUAUAUAAGGUCCCACAGUUGACAGUGCAUGUCAGAGCAAACACCAAGCCAUGAGGUCGAAGGAAUUGUCCGUAGAGCUCCGAGAUAGGAUUGUGUCGAGGCACAGAUCUGGGGAAGGGUACCAAAAAAUGUCUGCAGCAUUGAAGGACCCCAAGAACACAGUGACCUCCAUCAUUCUUAAAUGGAAGAAGUUUGGACCCACCAAGAUUCUUCCUAGAGCUGGCCGCCUGGCCAAUUUGAGCAAUCGGGGGAGAAGGGCCUUGGUCAGGGAGGUGACCAAGAACCCAAUGGUCACUCUGACAGAGCUCUUGAGUUCCUCUGUGGAGAUGGGAGAACCUUCCAGAAGGACAACCAUCUCUGCAGCACUCCACCAAUCAGGCCUUUAUGGUAGAGUGGCCAUACAGAAACCACUCCUCAGUAAAAGGCACAUAACAGCCUGCUUGGAGUUUGCCAAAAGGCACCUAAAGGACUGUCAGACCAUGAGAAGAUUCUCUGGUCUGAUGAAACCAAGAUUGAACUCUUUGGCCUGAAUGCCAAGCGUCACAUCUGGAGGAAUCCUGGCACCAUUCCUAUGGUGAAGCAAACAUUUCUAAAAACCUGCUUUUGCUUUGUCAUUAUGGAGUGUAGAUCGAUGAGGGAAAAAAAAAUAUUUAAUCAAUUUUAGAAUAAGGCUGUAACCUAACAAAAUGUGAAAAAAGUCAAGGGGUCUGAAUACUUUCCGAAGGCACUGUAUAUGGUUUCUUUAUUGUGGAUGUACAUAGUAGCUCACCAGCGCAAACACUUGGUUUUAAAUGUAUUUACAUGCUAGCAUGGCUAGUAGCUAACGUUAGCCAGCUGGAACUAGCUCGGUAGCACCAGUUCUCCAUAUGACGUUGAGAAAUAGUGCAUUGUGGGUAGUUCCAAUAUAUCCAUAAAUAAGUUAAUAAAUAUGUAAAAAAUGCUAAAACAUAACUAUGUUUGUAGUUAUAGGUAACCAGAUCGUACCUACAACUAAGUUGCUAAGUCUUUGACCACACUGUGUUGUUACAUUGGUGAGUAAAAACUCAUGCUCACAAGUGCUCAAUAAUCCUGAGUUAAACUCCUCAUUUGUUUUUUUUUGUUUGUAUGGUUGUGUGUUUGUGUGUGCCUGAGAGAGACUGAGUGAGUGUGUUGCUGGUGUGUUUUUGUUCCAUUAGGCUGGAAUUCCCCCCAAUGCAGGCAGUAGACCAUUGGCAUUGGCAUGUGGUGAGGUUGGAGGCAAAGGUCAGGCCAGAGUAGUCAACCCCACAGUCUCACUGAUGACUUUCCCCUCAGGGUGUCAUGAAUCCUCACACUGUUGAGGUGUGCCAUGUGUGUGAAGAGCUGUGGUAUCUGUUGAUGUUUAUUGCAACCAAAAUGUAAUACAAUCACCAGCAAGAGCCCUAUAAGAACUGAUUGACACCUGGCAGGCAAACUGAGGAAAACAACCCAUCUCUUCACAACAGCCACAUAACCUAGACUGGUCUCAUGUUAUUACAAUCAUCACUGUCUUGUCUUCACUGUCUUGUCAUAAUGACCGUUCAUCAGUGUAUCUGUAAGCCCUUGACAAAAAGUCCAACACUCAAUAUGCAGCAUUUCGUUCAGGCUUGCUGGUUAUUUUACGUUGCUGAUAGCAUCAUGUCUGCACCUAGUCCACAGGCAGUAGGGAGAGUCUGACUGCAGCUCUUACCUCUGGCCCACAGGUCAACGGGGGCAGCAAGGCCGAGCUGGCCGCACUGCAGCCUGGUGAUGUCAUCCUGGAGAUCAAUGGAGAGAACACAGUGGACAUGCUCAAUGUGGAGGCCCAGAACAAGAUAAAAAACUCCAAGGCUCAGCUGCAGCUGCUGGUGGAGAGGUAGGGUUCACUACAGUGCACAGUUUAGGAGCACAGAUGUAUCCUGAUGUACUGUAUCUAUGCGGUCUAACAUGUUUUAAUUUGUAUGUUGGUGUAGAUGUUUUCUAUUCUGUAGAAAGUGCAUAAAUCAACAGGUUGGCAAUGGAAACACACUCAUCCAAACAUCAGAUGGGGCAGUGACAAUUUUAGCAUGUCAAUCUUGGUGGGGCAAACUCAACAUUUUUUUUUAGAUCCACUACACAACACUAAACAAUACAUUAAUUGCACUAUAACGGUGACAAACGUUGGCCACAAACUAUUAGGACCUACAUAAAGCUGUCCCGACAGCAGAGCUUUCCUUUCAGCGCCAUGGAGUGAAUCGAAGUGAAUCCUUACCACCGCUACACCUGGCUAUCAGCAGAGCCUCAUCUGACAGCGAAACAGUUCAUUCAGCCUAAUUUACUGCCUUUUUUAAAAACCAUAGCUGAUAUGGCUGACUUGCUUAAAUAAAUAUGGUUUCUACUGACUCCUUGUGGAUUUGUGUAACUCCAUAAGAACCGCAUUUUCCUUCAAUAAUAACGAAUGCCGACAUGAGUUUUGACUUUUGAACCAUACAAACAUUAUUACAUUUAUGUUCAGUAAAUUCUUAUAUCAUUAACACUUAGCUCUAGGUAUAAGCAAGUACAAGCAAACGAGCUGCGAUGAGGUAGGCCUAUUCGUUCAGCACUUUCUAAAAGGACACUGACAGAAAUUCAGAUAAAUUCAGCAAGAUGUUGAGGCCUCAACUUUCUCUUCUUUAAGUCAUCACACAGAGAGUGAAAGAGACUCGGUUAGCCUACCAUUUGAAUAAUUGUAUUAGGCCUAUGUGGUCUAAAAAGGAAGGAAAAUAAAAUCACGAGGAUCCACUUUUAUAGACAAUACACCGACGCACACAGUGCAUUGUGCAAACAAAACAACCCUCGCAAUAUCAACUGGAAUUACAUGGGUCUAUUACUGAACUUUUUGUUGAAAAAAUAUAUUUGAAUGGGAAGAGACUGUCAAACAUGGUUACAGACCCAACAACAUUAAAUAGUAUCCCCUCCCUGUGAAUAAAAGCACAUUAGCUAAUUAUAAUGCACAAAGUAAACAAAACAAUGAAAUGCAUAAUUCCAACAUUGUCUAAAAUGAUUAAAAAGAUACUCAUUAUAUAGAUCAAUAUAAGCAAUAUAACAAUGGAGAUGUACAAACUAUGGCAUAAGGGAACGAUGAGCGGAUAAGAGGCAAGCCGUAAUUUUGAUUAAGACAUCAAUGAGUGAGCUAAGAGGGACGUAGUCGAUAGGCCUAUGCCUAUUUAUUCAGCACUUUUGAAAUGGACAGCAACAGAAUUCAGAACAUGGGCCGUUCUUACAGUACUCUCCCUGCACACCAAGUCAGAACCAUAGGAUAAUAACGGGGGCAUAUACAGUGCCUUGCAAAAGUAUUCAUCCCCCUUGGUGUUUUUCCUAUUUUGUUGCAUUACAACCUGUAAUUUUAAAUUGAUUUUUAUUUGGAUUUCAUGUAAUGGACAUACACAAAAUAGUCCAAAUUGGCGAAGUGAAAUGAAAAAAAUUACUUGUUCAAAAAAAAAUCUAAAAAAUAAAUAACGGAAAAGUGGUGUGUGUAUUCACCCCCUUUGCUAUGAAACCCCUAAAUAAGAUCUGGUGCAACCAGUUACCUUCAGAAGUCACAUAAUUAGUUAAAUAAAGUCCACCUGUGUGCAAUCUAAGUGUCACAUGAUCUGUCACAUGAUCUCAGUAUAUAUACACCUGUUCUGAAAGGCCUGCAACACCACUAAGCAAGGGGCACCACCAAGCAAGCGGCACCAUGAAGACUAAGGAGCUCUCCAAACAGGUCAGGGACAAAGUUGUGGUUAUAAAAAAAUAUCAGAAACUUUGAACAUCCCACGGAGCACCAUUAAAUCCAUUAUUAAAAAAUGGAAAGAAUAUGCCACCACAACAAACCUGCCAAGAGAGGGCCGCCCACCAAAACUCACGGCCCAGGCAAGGGCAUUAAUCAGAGAGGCAACAAAGAGACCAAAAAUAACCCUGAAGGAGCUGCAACGCUCCACAGUGGACAUUGGAGUAUAUGUCCAUAGCACCACUUUAAGCCGUACACUCCACAGAGCUGGGCUUUACGGAAGAGUGGCCAGAAAAAAGCCAUUGCUUAAAGAAAAAAAUAAGCAAACACGUUUGGUGUUCGCCAAAAGGCAUGUGGGAGACUCCCCAAACAUAUGGAAGAAGGUACUCUGGUCAGAUGACACUAAAAUUAAGCUUUUUGGCAAUCAAGGAAAAUGCUAUGUCUGGCGCAAACCCAACACCUCUCAUCACCCCGAGAACACCAUCCCCACAGUGAAGCAUGGUGGUGGCAGCAUCAUGCUGUGUGGAUGUUUUUCAUCGACAGGGACUGGGAAACUGGUCAGAAUUGAAGGAAUGAUGGAUGGCGCUAAAUACAGGGAAAUUCUUGAGGGAAACCAGUUGUUUUGAAUGCGGCAGAAGGGCGGCAGGUAGCCUAGCGGUUAAGAGCGUUGGGCCAGUAACCGAAAGGUCGCUGGUCGAAUCCCCAAGCUGACUAGGUGAAAAUUAUGUGGAUGUGCACUUGAGCAAGGCACUUAACCCUACUUGCUCUUGUAAGUCGCUCUGGAUAAGAGCAUCUGCUAAAUGACAAAAAAACAAAAAAAUCACGCAGGAUUGACCGCAUGCCCAAUAUAUUCAACCUUUUCUGGCCCAUGGUGUUGCCUGUGAAUGUUUAUCCUUUUAAGCUUGGAAAAGAGACCCUUUCAGACAGAUGUUUUAAAUCCUUAAACCCAGACUUGGACCACACACCCUAUCCACCGAAUAGCAGGCAGGGGCAGCAAAAUAGUGAUUGCUUUGCAAUGCUUGCAGUUAGCCAUUGAUUCCUUCCAAACCACUAAUUGUUGUAUUUGCGAUUUCCAACUUGUUUUGUAAUGUUGAUGUCCAAUGGUCGAUGUGCACCGAUACGUUUUAUCUAUAAUUUCUCUUCAUAUGACAAGGAUUGUCAGUAGAUUGUUGACAUGAUUCAUGAUGAUGACUGCUUGUUUGGCUAGCUAGCUAGCUUGCUAGCUAAGAUUUAGAAAAUAUGAUGUUGACAUGAUCAGUCCAAUCAAAGCUACGGUAGAUAUAACGUGAUUUGAUGUCAUUUUAUCUGUGGCCAAUUACCUUGAGCCUUCUUGGACGGGCACUUCUAAUGUAAAUCUAUGGCAGCACCCAAGGGUGCUUGAACUGCCAAGCUCUCCCUGUAGAUUCUGCGGUGAUAGAUUUAGAAAGUAUGAUGUUGGCAUGAUCAGUCCAAUCAAAGCUACGGUAGAUAUAACGUGAUUUGAUGUCAUUUUAUCUGUGGCCAAUUACCUUGAGCCUUCUUGGACGGGCACUUCUAAUGUACAUUUAUGGCAGCACCCAAGGGGGCUUGAACUGCCAAGCUUUCCCUGUAGAUUCUGCGGUGAUGUAGUGUCCCCAUCAGUGACCGAACACUGAGCCAAUCACGGCGCAACUAGAGAAGAUUACCAACGCCUACGCUCUGCUUUCGCUGGCUGCCCCUCCACCACAGAAAGCACUGAGCUAGGCUGAAACACCUGUAUUUUGGAGCUGCCUUACUCAAGAAAGCAAAAAACAGAGUAUGAGGCUUUAUUAACUGAAGGAUAUAUUUUUACAUUGUUUGAAAACUGAUAUGUAAUACAAAUGAAUGCCAAAAUAACAUGCAAAACAGGCCGUUUAUUUAUAUAUCUAUAGGUUGGGUGGGGCUCAAAACAGGUGGUGCUCUGCCCCACCUGCCCUGAAUGACGGGUCGCCACUGAGAUGGGGCACCACACCGUGGCAUACAGACCACAUCUGUGCUCUCUGGUCAGCUUAGAUCUGCUGAUUGCUUGUAUUUGUGCCAGUUCCACAGUCGCCACAUCCUCCCUCCCACUUCCCCACUGUCCACUUUUCUGGUGUUUGUUGUUAACGUCUUAAGAUGUCCCAUCUCUCUCUCCCUACAAAGGACCAGUGGCUUCAUUCUGGGUGAAUACCAGAAUGUGUCAGAAUUAUCUUGCCAAGAUGAACUGUUUGUUUCAUUUCACAUGUUAAUAAACGUUUGAAAGUUAUCUGAGACCUUUUUAGGGUGGCAGAGAAUUGGCUCCACAUUGGACUUUUUCCUGUGAAAGGAGGCUCUUGGCUGGCGAGUUCUUGCUCUGUCUCUGUCUUUCUGUCUCUGCCUCUCUCUCAGUGAAUUCUCAUUUCUUCACACACAUACACACACGCACGCUUCCUCUUUGCAUGCCCCAGGUCCAUGUGAGUGGAUUUUUCCCUGCUGACCUCAUGUCUCCUUCCGAGCCAGAAACAACACUGUGACACCCUGGCUACCCAGGACAAUGGCACUCUGUAGCUCCGCCAGCCACUCUGCCCCUAAACCCACUGUUCUACUGGCAGAGGCAAACAGGAUGGGUAAGGUAGUGAAGGGUGGUUUGCACUAUCAAGGCCCUACUGUCUUUAGAUGGCAGGCAGUACCGUGUCUCUCUUAUCAAUCCUAGUCCAGCACCUCUCUAGCCACCUCAAAUCAACUACAGAAUGUGGCCCCUUGUUGGUCCACCUGCAGCAUUAUGCAAUGUGUUGUUCUUAACAGUAAAUUAACUCCCAUGAAGCAUCAUGAAAACUACACACAAAUUGUGCAGUGUAAUGUCUGAUGAUCUGAAGAAUAAGAGAGGAACCUGGUAAAUGGGUUUACAGCCCUGCAGAUCACAGCGGCUGGAUUACAGCUGGGUUUGCCCAUGGGCAGAGUUUGGCAUCAGUCCACCCUUAGAAUAGGAGUGUUGGUUAAGGCGUGCCUGUCUUAAACUGAGGAACUGCUCCAGUGCAGAUACACUUGCCAGUGCUCAACCCACCAAAAACCCAGACAUGCAAUAACCAGACUUGUGCACUCUUUGAGGUACGUUUUGAUUCCAGAUUGAUAUCUGCAGCUCAGUGGAGAUUUUACUGUGACAAUAUAGAAAAAAACACCAGCAGUAUCUUGUCAUUCAUACUCUGUCAUUUAUCCUCCAUUGUCCUCAGCUGCCUUUUAAUGAAUCCAUUGUUCACUGACCAUUUGUGCAUGAUGUCAUGUCCCUCUGAUCUUAUUGGUCCUUGUAAUGUGAUGUUACUGAGCAGCUGCAACUGCAGAUGGGCAUCGGAAUAUUGCCCGAAGGCUCUUCUAUAGGCUACUACAGUGGGGGAAAAAAGUAUUUAGUCAGCCACCAAUUGUGCAAGUUCUCCCACUUAAAAAGAUGAGAGAGGCCUGUAAUUUUCAUCAUAGGUACACGUCAACUAUGACAGACAAAAUGAGAAAAAAAAUCCAGGAAAUCACAUUGUAGGAUUUUUAAUGAAUUUAUUUGCAAAUUAUGGUGGAAAAUAAGUAUUUGGUCAAUAACAAAAGUUUCUCAAUACUUUGUUAUAUACCCUUUGUUGGCAAUGACACAGGUCAAAUGUUUUCUGUAAGUCUUCACAAGGUUUUCACACACUGUUGCUGGUAUUUUGGCCCAUUCCUCCAUGCAGAUCUCCUCUAGAGCAGUGAUGUUUUGGGGCUGUCGCUGGGCAACACGGACUUUCAACUCCCUCCAAAGAUUUUCUAUGGGGUUGAGAUCUGGAGACUGGCUAGGCCACUCCAGGACCUUGAAAUGCUUCUUACGAAGCCACUCCUUCGUUGCCCGGGCGGUGUGUUUGGGAUCAUUGUCAUGCUGAAAGACCCAGCCACGUUUCAUCUUCAAUGCCCUUGCUGAUGGAAGGAGGUUUUCACUCAAAAUCUCACGAUACAUGGCCCCAUUCAUUCUUUCCUUUACACGGAUCAGUCGUCCUGGUCCCUUUGCAGAAAAACAGCCCCAAAGCAUGAUGUUUCCACCCCCAAUGCUUCACAGUAGGUAUGGUGUUCUGUGGAUGCAACUCAGCAUUCUUUGUCCUCCAAACACGACGAGUUGAGUUUUUACCAAAAAGUUCUAUUUUGGUUUCAUCUGACCAUAUGACAUUCUCCCAAUCCUCUUCUGGAUCAUCCAAAUGCACUCUUCAGACGGGCCUGGACAUGUACUGGCUUAAGCAGGGGGACACGUCUGGCACUGCAGGAUUUGAGUCCCUGGCGGCGUAGUGUGUUACUGAUGGUAGGCUUUGUUACUUUGGUCCCAGCUCUCUGCAGGUCAUUCACUAGGUCCCCCCCCGUGUGGUUCUGGGAUUUUUGCUCACCGUUCUUGUGAUCAUUUUGGGGUGAGAUCUUGCGUGGAGCCACAGAUCGAGGGAGAUUAUCAGUGGUCUUGAAUGUCUUCCAUUUCCUAAUAAUUGCUCCCACAGUUGAUUUCUUCAAACCAAGCUGCUUACCUAUUGCAGAUUCAGUCUUCCCAGCCUGGUGCAGGUCUACAAUUUUGUUUCUGGUGUCCUUUGACAGCUCUUUGGUCUUGGCCAUAGUGGAGUUUGGAGUGUGACUGUUUGAGGUUGUGGACAGGUGUCUUUUAUACUGAUAACAAGUUCAAACAGGUGCCAUUAAUACAGGUAACGAGUGGAGGACAGAGGAGCCUCUUAAAGAAGAAGUUACAGGUCUGUGAGAGCCAGAAAUCUUGCUUAUUUGUAGGUGACCAAAUACUUAUUUUCCACCAUAAUUUGCAAAUAAAUUCAUUAAAAAUCCUACAAUGUGAUUUUCUGGAAAUUUUUUUCUCAAUUUGUCUGUCAUAGUUGACGUGUACCUAUGAUGAAAAUUACAGGCCUCUCAUCUUUUUAAGUGGGAGAACUUGCACAAUUGGUGGCUGACUAAAUACUUUUUUCCCCCACUGUAUAUAGGCAGCCCUAUACAGUCAUGUUUCUUUCUAAUCUUUGGCACCACAUCCAAAGUCUCAAGUCUGUGCAUACUGUACAAGUGAGAAGUGACAUUCCUUGGUCUAUGUGAACAGUGUUUGAAUUGAAUUCAAGAUAGCUAUAAGACAAGACAGUGGUAUGUUUAUCCUAGUAGUUCACUGGAUUAUCACUGUUCCCUUCUAUUCAUCUGCUCUGUUUGUUUUCAUAAUUAAUCUGAAGUUCAGAGGGCAGACAGAUAGGAAUCUAUGCAAUCUAUUCUAACUGAAGAAUGCCUGGCAGGCAAACUCCAAGUCCCAAAUAUGACAAAGAUCAACAUACUGUUCCUUUGCUGAUCAGUGAUGUUACGUCCCUGUUCCAUGCAGGGAUCAGACAGCUCUCUAGAGGAGAGACAAGCAUCUUCACCUCUCCGUGUUUUAUGACGACAGCCACUCCUCUCAGCCUGUGCUCAUCCUUCCAUCUACUGCUGUACAUGAGGCCUGUGGCAGAGGUUAGAUUACAGGUCACAUUACAUAAGGCCUAGCAGUUAACCUUGUAUGCCUCUCAUUGUCUGAAGGACACAAGUUAACUUUAUCCUCAUCUCUCUCAACCAGAGGAGCUGAACUGGAUACACAUAGCGGAAAUUGAACUUUCAUCUGAACCUUUUUCUUUAAAAACGUUUUGAGAAUUCCAAGUGAAAACACAAAGGCAUUUCCUUACAGGGAACUUAUUUAUUCACCCCAAUUAACCAUCCAUUAUGUUCUGUUUUAUCCAUUAAGUUUCACAUCUUCUCACUGCUGUAGCACGAGGAGCCUGUUUUCCUCUUCCAGCCAUUCUUCUGGUUGGAUGUGCCCCUGCUGCACAUGUGGAAUACUCAGAUACUGUACAGCAGGGCCAAGGUCUGGGCUGUUAGAGGUGUGUUUCUGGGCGAUUUACCACAGGCAUCCAGGGCCUUCCUGUGCGCCUCAUUACCCUGGACUGAGGCUCAGCUGAGAGGAGAUGCAGGCAGUCCUACAUCCCUACAGUGAGGGGGGCACUAGUUGUUUACAUUUGGUCGUACAGUCCAAAAUGUUCCACUCAGAACUGGGUAUAUGUUUUAUUGAAGUGAGCACAGUGAAAGAGCUUGAAAGAUGAGGCUCUGCUAGGAGAAUCAUGUUAAAGAGCUUGAGAAUUGUUUUGAAGGUUCUCUUGAGAUACCAGAGGUUGUACUGACAGUACUUUGGCAUAGGGGAACCAAAAUAAGGUGUCUGAUUUGAAGAUUAUUUUGACUUUUGCCAGUGUGCACUUACACAUCGGUGCAUACUCACUCUCAGGUUUUCAGUCUCACUCUUAGAUCUCUUGUGACAUAAUACACACACACACACAUACACAUACACACACACACAGACACAGACACACACACCACACACACAUGUCCUCCGGCACUCACAUAAUAUCUGAAUUGAACAGUGUAUGUGCAUAUUAUGUCACAAGAGAUCUAACAAUGAGACUGAACCUGAGAGUGAGUAUGUGCCGAUGUGUAAGUGCACACUGGCAAAAAUCUAAAGAAUCUUUCAAUCAGACACCUUAUUUUGGUUUCCCCUAUGCCAAAGUACUGUCAGUGCAACCACUGGUAUGUAGUUUUGAUUCAAAUAGAACCUUCAAAAAUUAUUCUCAAGCUCUUUAACAUGAUUCUCCCAGCAGAGCCUCAUCUUUCCAACUCUUUCACUGUGUAUAGUGAUAUAGCCAAAUCAAAUCAGACCAUUCUACUCAACACGUUAAUGAAUAAUAUGAGACAUUACAGAAAAUGUUAUCAGAUCCUUCCAGGCUAUCAUGUAGGGAAUACUUUGACAUGGCUCAAGUCAUCUAAAGAACCUGAUUAGAAUCAUUGGUGUAAAUUACUUUAGUUGACCUUGGUCCAUGUCUUUUGAAGUACAGCUUGGUCUAAUGUGGGGUUUUGGCUUGUAUCCUUUAAUGCAGUGAUGUCUGCAAGCUUUCUUAAUAAUUUAUGCUUUCAACAACUGAUUUUAACCAAUCAUGGUUUUGAGUAUUUGUUUAGGGCUUGACAUAGUUAGGUGAAUUAUGUGGUACUGAAGACCGUGUUACUCUACUGGGCCAGUCUUGCCCUCUCCUUGGAGGUGGCGACCAUUCUCCUGCUUGAUUACAGGUGAGGUACACGUUUGUCCGUGUGUGGUCCAUGAACCUCCAGUGUGUCUCUUUCUACAGGCCUGAGCCGCCCAGCCCUGAACAGACCAACGGAACCACCACCCCAGAACAGCUCACUGGACGCUUCCAGGUCAGUCACUCAUGCUCUCUAUCUAUCUCCUUAUGCAGGAGCUUCCAUCUUUGGUCUGUAAAUUCCCUUUAG